AUGGUAAAAAGAUUGAGUGAAAUUAACAAGACGGCAUUUUUUGCUUGGAGUCCAGGACAACAGACUCCCCUUAUUGCAGCAGGUACAGCUGCUGGUGCUUUUGAUGAUUCCUUUUCUAACGCGUCUGAAUUGGAAUUAUUUAAACUUGAUAUAAAGAACUCUUCAUCUAAUAAUAUCGAAUCUGUUGGAAAAAUUUCUUGCGCUUCAAGAUUCAAUAAAUUAGUUUGGGGUUAUGCUUCUACUGAUAAACCUUAUGGUAUUAUCGCUGGUGGUUUAGAUAACAAUGAAUUAUGUCUUUGGGAUCCCAGUAAGAUGAUGGACGGUGAUAAUAGUAAUGAAGCCAAGAUGAUGUCCAAUUCAACUCAUACAGGUGAAAUUCGUGGUCUCGAUUUUAAUAAGUUUCAAAAUAAUUUAUUAGCUUCUGCUGGCAGUAAUAAUGAAGUCUAUAUUUGGGAUCUUACGAAUCCUAAUACACCUUAUACACCUGGCCCUAAGUCUCAAAAAUUAGAGGAUAUUACAAGUGUUGGCUGGAAUGGUCAAGUUCAACAUAUUUUGGCUACUUCUUCAGCAACAGGCCAUACAGUUGUCUGGGAUCUUCGUAACCGUAAAGAAGUAAUGACUCUCUCUGCUCCUAAUAUGGGUGGAAUUAACGCUAGUCGUAGAAGUAUUUCUUCUGUUGUUUGGCAUCCCGAUGUGGCUACACAAUUAGUUACUGCUUCGGAAGAUGACUCUAAUCCGGUUGUUACUCUUUGGGAUCUUCGUCAUGCUCAUUCGCCCGAAAAAGUUCUUGCUGGACAUACAAAGGGCGUUUUGGGUAUUUCUUGGUGUCGUCAAGAUUCUGAUUUGCUAAUGUCUUGUGGUAAAGAUUGCAAGACACUCAUCUGGAACCCUAAUUCUGGUGAAUUAUUAGGAGAAUUAACUCAAGACUCUAAUUAUACUUUCCAAACUGAAUGGUGUCCUCGUAAUCCUGACCUUUUGGCCUCUGCUUCCUUUGAUGGAAAAAUCAGUGUCUACUCUCUUCAAAAUUCUGAGUCUGAGGAUAACAAGGCUAAAACUGCAGAAACUGUAAACGAGGAUCCAUUCUCUGCUGCAUUGAAUGCAUCUACUGCUUCCACUUCUUCAUCCACAUUUGCUUUAAGACAUCCACCUAAAUGGCUUCGUUGUCCUGUAGGUGCUUCUUUUGGUUUUGGUGGUAAAUUGGUUUCCUUCAACAACAAAGCUAAUCAUUUAACAAAACAAGCUGUUGCUAAUGCACCUCCCGGUCAAGCUUCUGCUCCUCAAAUUGUCUCUCGUACUGUGCAAGUAAAUACAAUCGUUACAGAUAAGGAAAUGAUUCAACGUUCUGAUGAGCUUGAAGCUGCUUUAGAGCAACAAAGUGUAGAACAACUUGUUGAAGAACGUAUUCAGGGAGCUAAAGAAAAGGACAAUAAAGAAAGUUGGGAGGUUAUUAAAACGUUAUUGGCUGAGAAUGCUAGAGAACAGUUAAUGAAUUAUCUCGGAUUCCAAAAGGCAGAAAUCGUCGCUGCUGUAGAGAAAAUAACAGCUAAUAAGAAAGGUUUAAAUGAGGAUAAACCAAAGGAAGAAGAAAAAGAAGAAGCAGCUAUUUCUCCAGAAUUGACUACUGAGUCAGCUGAAAUGGAAGAAACUGAAAAAGACAAAGUUACUAGUUCAGAUGAAGCUAUUAAACCAGACGAACCUUCUGAAGAAAAACAAGAUACUGAGGACGUCCAAGAAGAAUCUGGUGAUAAAGCUGAAGAACCUAAGCUCGAUGAAACUACUACUGAUAAUUCUGCUUCAAAUCUCUUUGGUGAUGAUAAUGGCGAUAACUUCUUUAUUCAAAGUGAUAACACUCAAGCUCCUGUUGAAGAAAAUACAGAUAAUCGCGAUACUGCUGCUGCUGUUACUAAGAUUCUUGGCUCAGCUAUUAAACAUGAACCUCUUCAACUUUAUUCUGAAGGUAGCUCAGAAACAGAUUCUUUAAUUACGCGUGCUGUUGUAUUGGGUGAUUUUGAAUCUGCUGUUAACCUUUGUCUUUCCACUGAAAGAUUUUCAGAUGCCUUAUUGUUUGCUAUUUGUGGUGGAGGAGACCUUUUAGCACGUACUCAACAAGCUUACUUUAAGCAUCAAUCUCGAACUACAUCUUACUUACGUUUGCUAGAAAGCAUCAUUGAUGAAGAUUUACAAUCUAUUGUUGCAAGUGUGUCAUUGGAAGAAUGGACCUCUGUCAUUGUUGUUCUAUGUACAUUUGCCAAGGCUGAGGACUUCAAGCCUCUUUGUGAAGCCCUAGGUGCUCGUCUUGAAGAAGGAUGGAAUAAUAGUGAAACUGAAAGCGCUAAGGAAUUCAGACGCCAUGCUACUCUUUGUUAUCUUGCUGCUGGUAAUAUUGAGAAGAUUGCUCGUAUUUGGAUUGCCGAACAAGAAGAGGAGGUUGAAAAGACUGAAUCUGAAAGUAUAAAAACAGCAAGCCUCCAAGAUUUGAUUGAAAAGAUUACUAUUUUCCGUAAGGUAAUCGCUUUUGAAGACCCCGCUCUCUUUGAAACAAAUGAAAACAAGUUACCUUAUGAAUUCCCUCUUGCUCCUCUUUACGAUAAAUAUUGCGAAUAUGCUGAACUUUUAGCCUCUCAGGGUAAAUUAACCACAGCUUUAAGUUAUUUAAGCUUGACACCUAUUGUUUAUCGCAAGGCAGCUUUCGAUAAGCUCUCAAUUAUUCGUGAUCGUAUCUAUCAAGCUUGUCCCGUAAGUGUUACUAGUCAAUACACUCAGCCUGCUGUACCUUUUGAAAAGCAAUCGAUUGAUGCAAAGGUCACAGAAGCUCAAGCUCAAACUCAAGCUCAACCCCAGACACAGUCAUUCCAACAAUCUUACCAACCUUAUCAACCUACUGCUGUCAGUGCAAAUCCUCCUCCCCCUUCUGUUCAACCCACUUACGGAGCAGUACGUUCACCUUUAGUGUCUAAUACUUAUACACCUGUAGUUAAUAAUUAUACACCUGCUACUAAUACCUAUACACCCGCAGCUCCACCUGCUUCUAAUUAUGCACCUUCAACUGUGCCCACUUCUUCUACUACUUAUGCACCACCCACUGCAACUGGAGCUCCUACAACAGCAUAUCAGCCUCAAACUACGCCCACGAACGCCACUAGCCCAUCUUAUGGUUAUAACCAGCCUGCAAAUAACUUUAAUGCUGGCUAUAAUAAUGUUUCCAGUGGUUAUCCUCCUGCGGCUAAUACAUAUGGCGGAGAACAAUAUAGUAAUUCUAGUUAUAAUGCAACACGCACUACUAUUCCUCCCCCUCCUCCACCUAUUGGUGGUGUCGCUCCUACACCUAGAUCUAUGUCUCAAGAGUCUACUAGUACACCCAUUAAGAAGGCAGAAGGUGCUUGGAAUGAUCCACCUAUGAAUAUUGCCUCUAAAAAAAUUAGAAGUCCCAAGAUUGGUUCAUCUCCAGCAAAGCGUGUAACUUCACCUUUCCCCAAUCAACCUGCAGCAGCAGCUUUUGUUAACCCUACUCAGCAAUCUGCAAGAAUGCCACCACCUCCUCAAGGAACUAUCCCUCCCCCUCCUAUGAGCCGUGGCCCUCCCCCUCCUAUGGGCCCUCCUCGUGGUGGUAUGCCUCCUAUGCAACAACAACAACAACGUCCCAUGGCAAUGGGCCAUCAACAACCUAUCACUCAAAUGGCCCCUCCUAUGGGCAUGGCACAAGCACCCCCUCCUCGUGCAAAUCCACUCCCUCCUCCACCUAUGAAUGCAGCUGCUCCAGUUUCAUUAGCUAAAAGAGGACCACCUCCACAAGGCGGUUAUUAUCAACAAAAAUAA